GUUAUCAAUUUGGCCGUUGCAAUAAUGUAGACCCGGCAGCGUUUUGGAGUACCGGAAGUUAGAACUCACCAUCAAGAAAUAUAAUGAAGCCUUCAGCGAAAAAAUCGGCAUUUGUUCUCAAAUUUCAUUCGGUUGGAUGAUUGGUAUGUUUUAAGUUCGUUGGAAGAUGCCCGCAUUUAAGACCUUACUUCAGAAGUCACGGCAUUUCAAGUAUUUGUCGUUUCCUCGAGAAAGAUUUGACUACAUCAAGCCAGAAUGGAAGUUGACAGCAGCGUUGAAGCAUUACAAACCAUCCAAGCGUAUCAUUGAGUUGGCACAGCCAGUUAAUCGUGGAAUAGGUAAAGUUUACUCAAUCUCGCGAGGAAAGAAGUCCAACCAAACAACAAAUUAUCAACCCUCUAAACGCAUUAUUGAAUUGGCAGUUGCACCAGUGAAACCGCCAGCUAAUAUAGAUAAGCGAAAAUAUCCAUAUCUCAUUCCUUCUAAAGCCUUGCGCGCUAAACCUACACGUCGUAUUCUGGAAUUAGCUGCUCCAAAGGAGUACGAAUCCUUUGAACACCUUGACCCUUGGGCUGUACCAAAAUCAGCACUAAGGGCUAAGGCGUCUCAAAGGAUCGAAAUGCUCUCGAAACCGAAGAGAUGCGCUUCUGUAAUGGGCCAUUCUAAAUUACUGUAACAAAUCCGUUUACGUAAGACUUGUUUU